AUGGAAUCCUUGAGCUGCCAUUUUCAGUUCACGUUUCAUAGAGUUUCCAAGAAUGUCAAAGCCAGGUCUUCUUCUUCUGUCCCCUGCUCCAUUCAGCCUACUCAGAGCAACAUCAAGGUAGUGAUAAAUGGAGCAGCAAAAGAGAUAGGGAGGGCGGCAGUGUUGACAGUUACCAAAGCCAGAGGACUGGAAGUUGCAGGUGCUGUUGACAACCAUUUUGUCAGAGAAGAUAUUUGA